AUGCGGAUCUGUACCGGUGUUGAGACUUUUACAUGUCCGUACAAUGACUGGCAAGAUGACUCCGGUUGUGCCCUUUGCACAAAUGAUUUCAUUGGCGACAGCAACGAGCAGGGGAUUCUAAGUGAGUUCUCAAUCUUCUCACGUUGGAAGGUUGCUUGUGGAGAGUUGGAUUUUGAUAACCAGUAUUGUGUCAUGCCAGAUUGUGUUUGUCAACGGGCAAAUCUUAUCAGGAAACCUGGUUAUAGUCCAUCUGCACGAAAACCUGGACGAGCUGAUGUGACGGCUGUAUUAGGCAUAAGCACGUAUGACACGCUCCCCUAUAGCACAGCAUCCGAGCACAGCUUUCGGAAUUGCUUGGAAGGCUUCAGGUCUCCUCGUGAUGGUGUAACAUCUCUGGUAUCAUUGCACAAUCUGUGGCACGUCUAUCUUGGAGGGAUCAUGAGUAGAGUUCCGAUCUCCGCUAACGAUCCAGCAUUUUUGAUGCAUCACUGUUUCAUAGACAAGAUAUUUGAAAAAUACAUAAUACAAUAUGAUGUCAGGCCAAGCGACUAUCCACCCAACACACGCCCGGGACACACUCCGACUGAAUGCAUGGUCCCUUUCUUUCCAUGUAACACUCAUCCACAGUAUCUACAAAGUCUUGCCAAUUAUGGAAUAAUAUUCAGCAGCUACAAUGGCUUCUAG